AUAGGCUUUCAAAUUUACAUCUUCGUUGCUACAAUACCAUAGCUUAGUUAAAAUCGUCAUAUAUAUCAUAAUUAAAUUAAUGAUGUUAUAUGGGUAGAGGGUGAUUAAAGGUUUCCUGGUUCACUCACAUCACAUGGAACAGCUCAUCAAUUACUAGUGUCGUUUUAUAGCGAUGACAACCAUUUGGUUCAUCGUGGAAUCUUGCUACAUUUUGAAACGCACAUUGGACCAUCACCACCACAAAAUCCUCAAGUAUCAAAUACAAUGAAUAACCGAUGCAAAAUGCAAAAUAUAAUAAUAAAAAACAAGAAUGAAAACCGGUGAAAAAAGAAGAGAUUUUAAAGGAACACACAGAAGUCUACACUUACAUCCCCUCUGUUCAUUCUUUUGUAAGCUUUUGGAUCCUUUUCACAUGUUAAUUGUGUUGUUAUAUGCUCACCGCUUAAACAUAUUAGCUACAAACCCAAAAAAGCUACUUCAUAUGCUUCAAUUUAGCGUUGAGAUAUGGCUAGCGAUGAUCAAAUCCUGCAACGUUGUUUUCACGAAUGGAUGGCUAUUCAAGAACAAGAACUCAACCAACUUCUCCAAGCUCUUAACCAGAGCGGUAAUGGUGGAGACGAUUUAACGGAGACCACUUGUGCUCAACUAACUGAGAAGUCUAUCAACAGUUUCCAAGAGUAUAUCGACAAGAGAGCUCAACUCUCUCGCCUGGAUAUUUCUGGCCUGUUUUCACCUUCAUGGAACACUGCCUUGGAGAAAUCGUUGCUCUGGGUAGCUGGUUGUAGACCUUCAAUUUACAUUCGACUCACUUAUGCACUCUGUGGAUCACAAGUGGAGUUUCAGCUCAGUGAAAUCAUCCAAGGCUUAGUUAGAGGAAACCUUGGGCAGAUUUCGGCUGCACAGCUGAGAAUGAUAAACGAUUUGCACAUGAAGACGAUUAAGGAAGAAGAGAAGCUUUCGAAUAAGUUGGCGGGGUUGCAAGAGAACAUUGCAGACCAGCCGAUUGCCAUUGUUGUUAAAAGGAUGAGCCGAGUGGGUGAAACUAGUGGGGAAGUAGAUCAUGCAUUGGAUGAACACGAGAGCUCUAUGGCGAAUAUAUUGCAGGAGGCUGAUAAGUUGAGGCUAAGCACUUUGAAGGAAUUACUUAGCAUAUUGACUCCAUUGCAGGGCGUGGAUUUUCUUGUAGCAAGUAAGAAGCUUCACCUUUGCAUGCAUGAGUGGGGAAAAACAAGAGAUAAUAGGCAUGGUAGGACAUAACUGUUCUCUAUGUAUCUAUACUUCGUUAAUUCUCUAUGUUUUUUUUUUCCUUUUCGAGUUUCCAAAAUUUGAACAAAAAAAAGAACACAGGGACCAUGAACUCACUUGUGCUAUCAACAGAGACCAAUGUUUUUUUUCUUUUUUGUGUACUGCAAAUAAGCACAUGCUAUGGUUGUCGUUAUUUAAUUGAAGCCAUCGGGCA